AUGGGACCUGCAGAGCUGCUGAUUGCUGGCCUGGCCUGGAGCGUGCUGGGGACUGCAGCUGCCACCGAGUGGAGCUGUGCAAAGCCUGCGGAGAUUGAACAUGGCCAUGUGGAGCACCUGGUGGUCAGGUACCGCUGCGACCCCUACUACCAGCUGCGUGGCUCCGGUGAUGUGUGUGGAAAACCGAAGAACCCACCCCGGCAGAUGCAGCGCAUCAUCGGGGGCCUGCUGGCUCUGAAGGGCAACUUCCCUUGGCAGGCCCGGAUGGUGACCCGCCACAACCUCACUGUGGGGGCCACACUCAUCAGUGACCAGUGGCUGCUGACCACGGGCAGGAAUGUGUACCUAAACCACAGUGAGAACACCAGUCUGGAGGAGAUCGCCCCUACGCUGCAGCUGUUCCUGGGCAGCCGGGAGCAGCCUGCCUUGGACAUUGAGCACAUCGUGCUGCACCCCGGCUACCCGCAGGCUGUGGACCUGGCCCUGCUGAAGCUCAAGCAGAAGGUGCUUGUUGGAGAGGAGGUGAUGCCCAUCUGCCUGCCCCAGAAAGACUAUGUGCAGCCAGGGCGGGUGGGCUAUGUCUCAGGCUGGGGCCGUGGUGCCACCUUCGCCUUCUCCGACAUGCUGAAGUACGUGAUGCUCCCGGUGGCUGAGGACAAGCAGUGCCAGGAGUACUAUGGGGCACGGAAUGCAUCCUACUGGGUGCAGCCCAUCCUCAGCAAUGAUACCUUCUGCGUGGGUAUGAGCGAGCUGCGGGAGGACACCUGCUACGGGGAUGCCGGCGGGGCCUUUGCUGUGCAGGACCCCGAUGACAACACCUGGUACGCAGCCGGCAUCCUCAGCUACGACAAGACCUGCACAGCUGCCAAGUAUGGCGUAUACGUGGACGUGCAGCGUGUCCUGGCCUGGGUGAAGGAGACAGUGGCAGCUGGCUGA